CGCACAAAAUCCGAACAAAUUUCCGGUCUUGAAAAUACACCUUAAAAAGCAGUUUUCAAAUGGAGAGCGCCGAGGGCGAGGGUGAGCGACCAUCGACAUCGGGGGGUUUGGGCAAGGAUUCGGGGACUGGGAUCGGCAUAUCGGCCAUUCUGGGCUACGCCCAGUCGGAGUACUCAUUGGACACCACAUCGGGGGCGAUGAUGGCCAAUCGGCGGCACUUGGAGAGCGAGAACGAUGGCAAUGCCACCGACGAGGAGGUCGAGAUCUGCAUAACGCGCCUGAAUUUCCUGCCCGAUCGGGGAAGGCGUCUAUAUAUGGACUGCCAGCUGUCACUUCCGGCGGGCGGAAGUGUUCCCAUGCGCGGCGGGGCGGAGAUCAUAGCCGUUCCCACCCUCAAGGGCAGCAGUUCACCGGAAGUGCUGUACGAGCGCAACAGAAACUUGGCAGCCGAGCAAAAGGAACACUGGCGACUGCAGAAAAUGGCCUUUCCCUGUCCCCUGGGCAACUGUGAUGUGGUGGUGAAUCCCGGCAAUCUCCUAAGUCACUGCCUAAUGUAUCACCAGGAGAUCAUCACUUUGGAGGCGAAGACCAGAGAGGCAAAGUGUGUGAAGGUCUUUGGGAAAUCGCUGCUGGAAAGCCGGGCCACCAAGAGCCACUGUGUGGGACUGCUGAUCUUCGAGAGCGGCAAACAAGUGGCCCUGAAUGCGAAUCUACCCAGGAUCUAUGCGGAUUGGGAGGGUCGUCUGCCCGUGUUCGUAAUGCUGUGGAAAACCUCGUGGGACUCGAUGCCCGCCGGUCCGCGGAUCACCCAUCUGUACAUCCUUUGGCUAUUCUGUCCCCAGGCCCAGCCACCAUUGAUGGUGACCGUGGAGACGGAUGAGAGUCUGGACGGCGUGCCACGCCACCAAAUGAUCCACACCUGUCCCAGUUCCGAGAUUCUCGAACAGUGCGACCUCCUGUGUGACAGUCCGCUCUUCAUGCGGUUCACCCAUCGCGAAAUGAAGGAACUCACCGAGGAUUACACGAAGGACAUUGGCAUGCAGUUCACUGUUCGCGAAAAUGAACUGGAGCGGGAGUCGAAUGGAGAUGCCAGCUCUCAAGGUGAUUUGCAUAAUCCACCGGAAAUCGAACUAAUAACUGCCGUUGAGGAGUUGGAAAAUAUGAAUGAGGAGAAUUCCAAGGAGGAGUUUUCCGUUGAGAAAGCAGAGGAUACAAAUGAAUACACCGACAAAUCAAACUGAUCAGAACAUAUUUUCUUUAUUUCGCUUGUUUUUUCUAAAUCUUUUGCAUUACCUUGAUCGCUAUAAAUAAAAACUUAUAGGCAAGGGUUAUAAUUUUAAACACAUUUGAGCAAACUUUUUAUAGAAAUUGCUAUCACAACCCAUUAAAAAUGCUAUGCAAAGAAUGACUGAUGUAA